GAUGUCGAGCUGGCCACGGAGUACUCCACGUCCUCCAGCCUGGAGAACCAGCUUUCGCAGGUGGCGAAGCUCAUUCGCGUCCACGAGGUGCGGAAGGCAGAGCGGGACUUCUUCUUCGUCCGGAUCGGCGGCUGGGACAUGCAUUCGAACCUGCUGUCUGGCCUGACCUCGAGGUUCGGCGAGAUCAACCGGGCUCUGCGGGGCUUCGUUGCAGAGAUGAAGGCGCAAAACAUGUGGGACAACGUGGUGCUGGCUAGCUCCUCGGAAUUUGCACGCACGCUGGACUCCAACGGGGGCGGCAGCGACCAUGCCUGGGCCGGCCAGCAGUUUAUUCUCGGAGGGAAAGUCAAGGGUGGGCAGAUUCUGAACCAGUUCCCCUCCAGCUUAAAGGAAGGGGCCUACAACGACCUCGGGCGUGGUCGCCUGAUUCCAGCCUAUCCAUGGGAGGCGAUGCUGAAGCCUAUUGCAGAGUGGAUGGGCCUUGACACGAGCUCCCAGGAGACGUUGGAUGCAGUGUUCCCGAACAUCGGGCGCUUCAACUCAUCCAUCGUGCCGGGGGAAGCCUACAUCUUUCAGCCAUGA